UCGGCUUGUUGAAAGGAGGACACUGACUCGUUAUACUGCAGCCUUCAAGGGACGCGUCCUACCUAGCACGCAGCCCUCCAAACGAGACAGCCGUUGUUUAUGGGCAGUGGAUGAUUGGAAAUGCUGUAACUAAAUGCAGUAAGUAAUCUGUAGGGUAAAAAUCGGAAAAGAUCGCUUUAAAUGAAGAACACUCAUAUCAAGCAACAAUCAAAUAAAGUAGGCCUAUUAGUUUGAUUGGGGCCUUGCGUGACAUUAGGGAAUAAUGAAAUCGACCAGUUAACUAAAAACAAGAUAUCUAAUUUUCUUCUCACCGGAUCUUUUGCGAGUAUUUGUGAAUUUGCAAAAAAUUCCACUAAGCCGUAUGUGUCGUUGUUAUAAUGGAUCCACAUGUGUUGUCUCGGUGAGCACCGGUUUCAUCGCCCUACUUUAGUCUAGAUUUGAGCAUCAGCAGAUCAUCAUGGGAAUGAGACUGCGGCUCAAGACUGUGUUCGUGCUCUACUUUAUGGUGUCACUACUCGGACUCAUCUAUGCGCUAAUGCAGUUGGGUCAGCGCUGUGAUUGUAGAGACCAUGGCAUGUCUAAAGAUCAACACAUUUCUCAGCUGAGAGGGGAGCUGCAGAAGUUACAGGACCACAUUAAAACAUCAGAACUGGCAGAAGACCCCAAGAAGUCUGACGUGCCUAUUAUUUAUGUGAUAACACCCACAUAUGCAAGGCUGGUGCAGAAGGCAGAGCUCACUCGCAUGUCUCACACCUUCCUCCAUGUUCCUCAGCUCCACUGGAUCAUGGUGGAGGACGCUACCCAGCCAACUUCACUCGUCACAGACUUUCUGGCUGCAUCUGGCUUGACAUACACCCAUCUACACAAGCUGACCCCCAAAGACAGGAAGUUGCAGGAGGGUGAUCCCAGCUGGCUAAAGCCCCGAGGUGCUGAGCAAAGGAACGAGGGUCUGCGCUGGCUCAGGGAGAUGGGUGCAGCCGCCAAGGGAAAGGAGGCGGCCGCCCUUGAGGAUGCUGUGGUGUAUUUUGCUGAUGAUGACAACACAUAUAGCCUGCAGCUUUUUGAAGAGAUACGAUACACGCACCGUGUCUCUGUAUGGCCCGUGGGACUGGUGGGCGGGAUGAAGUUUGAGCGUCCUGUGGUGGAGGACGGGAAAGUUGUGCGCUUCCACACUGGCUGGCUCCCCAAUCGCCCUUUCCCCAUGGACCUGGCUGGUUUUGCAGUGUCCCUGAGACAGGUACUGGCCAAUCCCGAAGCAUGCUUUGACGGUGAUGCUCAGAUGGGCUUCCUGGAAAGCAGCUUCCUUCAGCACCUGAUUACUGUGGAGGAGCUGGAACCCAAAGCAGAUUUGUGCACCAAGGUGCUAGUGUGGCACACCCGAACUGAGAAGCUAAAGAUGAAGAGGGAAGACGCACUACAGAAGCAAGGGUUGGGUUCAGAUCCUGAUGUGGAGGUGUAAGCCUCACCUCACAACAUGCCAGGACUUCUCAAAACAUACAUGUUGACAACAUCUGGUGUGCCAAAUAGAUUUACGGUCUUAUUUAUAUGGCAAAAGGAAAAACAAUUCUGAGAAACUCUGACAAUGAACCGUUAUACUUGGGCAGCUCUUUUUAACAUGCACAAAAACACUACAGACUUUGGCCUAGAAGAAUUAGCAAAGGUAGUGAUGAGUCAGCUGAAUGCAGGGUGGGAGAGAGAAACCAGAAUUAACCAAGAAAAACGGAUUUCCAUAAAUUGUUGUUUUUCUUGCCAUAUACAAUAUAUAUCCUCUGUACACUUGAACUGUAUCUAAUAGUAUUGAAAUCAAUAAGCUGAGGCUGUAUUUAUAUCUUUAUGUGUAAUGUAUCUGUGUGGUUUACUUGAAAUAUAUGUAUUAUGAUGUAUUGUCAAUACUGGCCAUGUCUCUGUUAAAUAAUGCUGUACUUGUCUUUUGCAUCUGUCCUGAUGUCUUGAAGUGUUCGUCUUCUGUUAUAAUGUCAAGCUUUUGUCUUAAGAUUUAUGUUUCUUUUCCUUUUCUUCACUGUUAAAUGACAUUGAGGACAGUGCUAGUUCAGAGGUGAUGUCUAUUUAUGUUAUUAAUAAUUUAUUUUGAAUCCCAAUGAUGUGAUUGUUAUCUUUGGUCUAUUGUGUAUGUACGUGGUGCUGAUAAGGCUUCGAGUGACAGAGUGUGAAGUACAGCAACUCUGAGAUGUCACUUGUAAAACAGCAAAUAGAGAAAACAUUCUCAUAAUACGAAAGCAUUUUCAGUUCUUUUGUAGAUCACUCUCUGUACUGCCGGUGAUGUAGCAGGUGAGGUUUCAACAGUUAUUCAGUUUACAUUAGCUCAAAUGUUUCUAUUGUUUUGCUUGAGAGCUCUACAUGUUUUACUGAAUCUCAACCUAAAAAAGGUAAGAAUAUUAAAGUUGAGGUGCCAAGUCCCCUUGUAGAAUCACAGAAUGUUAGCUUUUAACAUUAAAAAUGUUAGUAUGCAUGCUUGGCCAGUCCAUCACCUUCACCCUCGGCUUCUUCAGCUCAAC